CCUCUCACAGGCCAGCAUCUGGUACCGUCUGGUCCUCUGUGAGAACUUCCUCCAGGAGCUGCUGUCGGGCGUUAACGGAGACGGCGCUUCCACGCAGAGGCAGAGGAAGAACUGGGGCACAAUCCCUGCAUGGAGGCACAAAAUGUCCACUUUCCUGAAGAAGAAUCCCCCCCCAGAUAUGGAGGAGCUGGUUCAUCUGGCUCAUCUGUCUAACGUCGUCCCAGAUGAUGAGGUCCAGCAGGCGGGCAAACAGAUGUCCCAGCGGUGUGUGACCCUGAGGAAACUCCUAAUUUCUUCAGGACCUGUGGCAGUCAGUCACCUUAAGCUGGCCUUACAGUGGCAGUAUGAGUUGUUGCGGAGCAGCCAUAUACAUCAUUCCUUUGCUCACAGUGCUACAAAUGGAAUGGAUGUUCCAGACCUCACAAAAGGUGAUAGUGGUAAGGAAGCGCCCCAUCUUGGAACAUCUCCUUCAACUGCAGUUUCUAGGAAUGCGCCGGCCGAGGGCAAACCCCUCUCCCUCAGCUCAUUCGACUCAGGCUUCGAUGGAGCUGGGAGCAGCCAGCUGGAGGCCUGGGGAGGGAGGGAAGGAGUGGAAGGUCUGUCAAGAUUAGGGACCAGGGACUCUGUAAGACCGGCCUUGAGCCAGCCUCAAAUCCACAAAGAGAAUAUGUCCAGUGUUUCAGAUUCUGAAAAUAACAAAGAGGAGUUUGACUUUGGCUCUGUGGGAAACUCGUCCAGGGCCAGCAUCCAGAUCAUCCCUAAAGUAACUGUGGAGUCCCUCAACUUUGAGAUCAAAGUGAAGCGCUCUGCUGCGUUACCCAGUAAUCCUUGGCUUAGCUUGCCGGUAGACGAUCUGGAAAACUCUUACACAGUUACUAUUAAACAGAACCCAACACCACAAAAGAGGGACCUACAGCUCCACGAUCCCUCAGACCCCCAAGGUGAUGCCAACCACUCCAACAGGUCUCGAGAUCAGCCCACACAAACAGAGGUGUUGACUAGCACACAGGCCAGAAAGCCACAGAACAGGGACUGGAUACUAGAUUCACAAAGCAGUUUGGAGGAUCCUGAGCUAAGUUCCAUUUGCAACAUCCUGUCCAGCACUAUUACAGACGGAAGAGAUAAGUCCAUCUGCACCACAGAGGGGAUCCCCACUCUCCUCUGGGAUUCUUAUGACCUCCAUGACCAGAAUCCGGAUUCUGUUGAUGGGUUGGUUGAUCUCUCCCUAAAGGACUGGGAUGUGAAGGAGCAGGAGGGUCUGAAGGAGGUGGAGAAGAUCCUGGACAGGGCUGACGAAAUACUGGAGAGAGAAGAACAUGUUCUGGCUCAGGAGGCGGUGUUGGAUGCUCUGCUGAGGUCUGAGGACAGGCACAAUCAUUGGCCUCUGUGGGACAGCGAGGACCAGCUCGGUGUAAUGUCAUCUAGCGAGCUGGCUGAAGCAGGUGUUCUUGGCCUCGAGGAUUUCCUUGUCCCUGCAGAAUCUGACAACCUCAGUGAACCCACAUCAACUGCAUCUGCAAGUGAAGCUAAGGCCUCUGAUGAUGAAGCUCCCACAGGAGCAGAUGAAGCGGCAUUUCCCAGCAGGCCGGACCUGUUGACGGAACUGAGAAAAGUCCGCGUGCUGGACAAGCUAAUUGUGGAGGAGAACCUGAAGAUUCACCAGCUCCGACGCUGCAAAGAAACACCCAAUGAGGAACUCUCCGAGAGCAAACUCCCAGAUACAAACGGGCUGUCGAGUAUGCGCAAAGAGAGGGAGGCUUUCCGGUUACAGCUGGAAAGGGAGAAAAGGGAGGUGGAAAAGCUCGAGAAGAGUUUGGGCAAAGAGUGUAAAGUGAAGAAGCACAAGGACAGAGCGAGAAGGGUUGUGAAAUGUUCUAUAAUGGAGAAGGGUAGAACUGAGAAUAGGGAGGACCAAGUGCUCUGUGAUGAGCUUUUAUCAGGGAGCUGUAACAGAUCACAGAGAACAUAUUCCUUGGUCCAGAAGGAUCCUCAGGCUCAGGAUAGCAGUACAACUGAACAUAUUCAAGCAGUAUUGGGUCAUCAUGAUGCUAAAGAGGCUACACUACAAGACUUACUUCCAGAUUUGCAGUGUCAGGAUCACUACUCCGAAGCUGAGCCAUCAAUAAUUAAUGAAACUGUCUUGAUAAGUGCUUCUGAUUUGAAGGAUCCUCCUGAAGAAAUUCAGGUAUGUAUCAAUGGGAAAGAAUUUGGCAGAUCUGGUAAAAGCGCUACCAUGUGCAAACCAGAACCAUCCCAAACCCCUGAGAUGAGGCCAGAUGAUGGAGCGUUUGACCCAGGUGGAAAAUCACACCUUCCUUCUGUGCCUAAGCCAAGAAAGGCUUCGCUUUCUGUGAACGGCGACCUCGCAGGACAAGGAAUUCCUCAUUCCACAGAGCCGCAGUCACCAGUUACUCAAAAUCUCGCUAUUGUGCAACCUGCUCUACAAGAUAAACCACUUGAUGCAGUUCCAGAGAACCUGACUCCAGCCAGCAGCCACAACUUUGCUUUCAAUCCAAAUGUGAAUGAACACAGCAACAACAACAAUAACAACCAUGCGCUCCCAGAUAAAUGCAAGUUGUCAUUAGAUCUGUCUGAAAUAAGCACUAAAACUGAAGAGGAUGAAUCUUCCUCAGUGGUACCAGAUUUACACCCAGCAGAGGGAAUCCAGACUGUACCUCCUGUAGAUGAGUGCACACAUCAACAGUCGGCACCAGAGCUACCUCCUGACCAGCCUCUGGAGUUUGAGCCCAGUGGAGGAGAACACUUGACUGAUGGUUUUCAGAGCUCCGGGUCCAUAAGGGUGUCAGGCUCUGGGUCAUGUGGGAUUCAGGCCCAGCUUAACAUCAGCACGAGAGAGAUGACAGAUUUCAAAACCCCCAUAGUACUGGAUACAGGGUCUGGUUUGAUGAAAGCAGGAUUUGCAGAUCAAGACCUCCCCAAAAUUAUAUUCCCAACAAUUAUUGGGAUGCCAAAAUAUGAGGAAAUAAUGAAUGGUAACCUCGAAAGGGAGACAUACAUUGGACAUGAGGCUCAACACUUGAGAGGGGUUCUGGCUCUGAAGCAUCCCAUAAAGAACGGGAUCAUCCGUAACUGGGAUGAUAUGGAAAAGCUUCUACAGGAACAAGGAGUGAGCAUGCGCACCACAGCAGAGACUGAGAUCGUGAGGGAGAUGAAGGAGAAGUGCUGCUGUGUAGCUCUAAACUAUGAAGCUGAGCUGAGUCAGGGGGGCCCGUCCUGCAGAGAGGUGCAUUACACCAUGCCAGACGGACAGAUUGUCACCCUCAGCACAGAGAGGUUCAGGGCCCCUGAGAUUCUCUUUAAACCUGAGCUAAUUGGACGGGACCAUUACGGGAUGCACGAGAGCGUCUUCAAGUCAAUCCUCAGCUCAGACAUCGACCUGCGGCGCAGCUUCCUGGGAAACAUCGUACUGUCAGGUGGGAACACUCUGCUGCCCGGCCUGCCCGAACGGCUCCAGGCCGAAAUCAAAGGGCUGGUUCCCACCGACACGGCAAAGAGCGUCCACGUCACCAGCCCCAAGGACAGAGACUUCUCUGUGUGGAGCGGAGGAGCAGUGCUGGCCAACCUGCCCACCUUCAGCUCCGCGUGGAUUAGUCAGGAGGAGUAUGAGGAGCAUGGACCACAGAUUGUCUUUAGGAAGUGUUUCUGAGAAGGACCACCGUGUGACGUACCACCAAGUGCAAUAUACAUACAGCUCAAUCACAGUGCCAUGGAUUGAUCCCCUUUUUUUUUAUAUAUAUAUAUUUCUGUAUAUUUUUAUGUAUUGAUGAGUGGAGACAGUUUCACCCUUGACAUCUGUGUGGAUCCUGUACUUGACCCCAGCAGGUUUCUACUGACCUGCUGCUUGCUUUAUGCCUUUCCUACUGAGAUCCACCAACAUGGCAAGGAUGAAAUUGGUGUUUGUGAUAAAAUUCUUGUCAGUCGAUGUCCCUCAAGAGCUUUUUCACUGUGUGUGAAACAAUGGUAAUGUGUUUGUCUAUGAGAAUUUAAGCAUAUUAAUGUUGAUUAAUGGGACUAUAAUUGAAGCUGGCCUUUAAUUAAAUUUUUGUCUCCAGAAGAAGCAGUUUAGGGACAUAAAGAAACCUCAAUGUGCCCACUAUAUAUUAAUCUACUAUUAACUACAAAUUAUCGAUUGUAUUUAUAAAACAAUUUAAAGUAAAUUUGGAAUAACAAUUAUCUUUUUAUGUGUUCGACAUGGUGAAAGUUGCCUUCAUUUUGGAAUCUGGAUCAGUGCCACUGUGCAGUGUCUACUACUUUAUUAUAUCAGCAAAAAUGGAUUAUUUUUUCCACAAGAACAUUUUUCUCACUUCAAAUUAUGUAAUAUUGCAACUUUUUCUCCCUCAAAAUAUUACAACUUUUUUCUUGAUGUCACAACUUCUGACAACAUUGCAUUUUUUCUCUUUUGACUCUUGAUUAAUUUUUUUUUGUCAUAAAAUUACAAAACCAUUUCAAAAUUUUGACUUUCUCUCCUCAACAUUGCUUUUUUUUCGCACUUGUAAUGUAACUCUUCCUUACCAUUAUGAAUAUUUGUAAUGAUAACAUUACAACUGUUUUUGUUUUUUAAAUUUUGUCUUAUUUUCUAAAUUUUUUUUUUUUUCCCUCAAAACUUUUUUCCAUAACAUUACUUAAGAGAGACUAUUUUUCCAUAAUAUAACUUUCUCAUGACAUAACUGUUUUCAUUACUUUUGCAAAAUUUCAGAUUUUUUCCUAGCAGUGGCCUUAAUACUCAAAGUAAAGCAUCAUUGCACAUGGAUAUUUGCUGUUGCUGCAGUAAUGUGAACUGGAGAGGAGAAAAGUGUGGAAUUGUGGGGUUUGUUCUAGAGUUGUGUCUCACUGGUGGUUAUUUCCCUGUGUGUUGAUUCUCCACCCAAGUUGCCCUUUGCUUAGUGAGCGUUUGUGUGUGGUUAAUGAUGAGGGUGACAGAUGUGCAGUACAGUACUGGUCUGGUAAUGUCUGUUGAAUAAUGCUACUGCUGCAGGUCCAGUCUUUUGUCUAUUGUGUCAAGUUGAAAUAAGUAUUUAUUUAUGAGUGCAGUGUCUUACCAUUUAAUUCUUCUUUUGAUCUAAGAAGGGUGGUCCUGUGAGUUUUUUAACACUCGCAUGGUAGCAUUGAUUUUUGUGAAAGAUGUUCCAACGGUGUCAAAACUGCUGUUUAUCUCACUGCCAUGAACUCUGAAAACCCUCAACCUUGUGUAUUUAUAUUUAUCUCUUGCAUGAAAUGAUUUAAUUGCAUGUAAUUUAGUUUCAGCUUUUUGCAUGAUCUCCUUUUUGUCUGUUUUUCUUUGUAUGUUUUGUAAAGCGCCUCUCUAAAGGCAUGGGGUUGUCAUGUGACCUAAAGCUCAGCUCUUAAGUGGGAAUCACUGUUAAAUGUGAGAACUCCAGGCUGAGCCUUUCGUAAGACUCAAGUGAACAGCUCACGUCCCCUCCCUCCCUCC